AAAAAAAGCCCGAAAACCCAAACUUCCCAUUUAUUAAGGUACCUGGAUGAUUUGGUGCUGAGGAAGGAAUUUAACGUUUAAAGGGGUACAGACAUGGGCUGCUGAAUGUGGUCCCUCGAUGACGGAAGUUCUUAUGAGGACAUGGCUACCGUGGAUGAGACCGACGAGCGCCAGGACCGGCACGUUGGGAUGGAUCCCUCGCCAAACGUAGAGAGGAACCGGCGCUCCAGCUGGGCCGCGUUAUGGAAUAUCAUGACGAUAGGGGGCAGCAUCUGCCUCCUCGCCCUCUCCCAGAUAUUAGACCUUACGACGAUGCAGAGUGGAUUUUGGAAAAUAGAAGUCUCCGGCUUCUUCCUGGUGAUUCUGUUCUUGGCGGCGGCUCUCGCGGGAACCACGAUCUGGUAUCUGAGGUCGCAGAGCGAGCCGGUUUUCUCCGACGACCGCCGUCAGUCUGUGAGCCGCCAGCCGUCCUUCACUUACUCCGAAUGGACAGAUGACAAAACGGAGGAGUUUUUAGACCUCGAGCCCGUCCCGGACACUCCGGUUUUUGACUGUUUGAUGGACAUCAGAGGAGACACGGAUCUCGGGACCCUGUCCGUGAAACCCGUGGGACUCCAGGAGAGGCGGGGCUCCAAUGUUUCAUUGACCCUGGAUAUGUGCACCCCGGGAUCCAUGGAACCCUACGGACACAUCAUGUCCCCCCGGGAGCAGUCGUCUCGGGAAUACCUGGAGACCGCGAGCAACGUCCUGACCAAGGAGGAAUUACACGAGCGAGCUCUGGAUUCUUUUUCUCUCCAGAAAGAAUUCUUUGAAAUUCCGAUGAAUUUUGUGGAUCCAAAAGAAUAUGAAAUCCUGGGAUUAGUAAGAAAGAACAGAUACAAAACAAUAUUACCAAACCCCCAUAGCAGAGUGUGCCUUACGUCGCCCGGCCAGGAGGAUGACCCGCUGAGCUCUUACAUAAAUGCCAACUACAUACGGGGUUAUGGAGAAGAAGAAAAGGUUUAUAUCGCGACCCAGGGCCCCACGGUCAACACCGUCGGUGAUUUCUGGAACAUGGUUUGGCAGCAGAGAGCUCCGAUAAUCGUCAUGAUCACAAACAUCGAAGAAGUCAAUGAAAAAUGCACAGAAUAUUGGCCGGAGAAGCAAGCUGCCUACGAGGGAAUAGAGGUCACCAUAAACCUCAUCAUCCAGGAGGACGCUUACGUUUUAAGACUGAUAAGCUUGAAGAAGGGAGAAGAGGAAAGGACCCUGAAACAUUUCUGGUACACCUCAUGGCCAGACCAGAAGACCCCAGAUCAAGCCCCGCCGCUCCUAAAGCUAGUGCAAGAUGUUGACGAGACCAUGCAGCGUUCCAAGAGCAGCGGCCCCAUCAUUGUUCAUUGCAGCGCAGGGAUCGGGCGAACCGGGUGCUUCAUCGCGAUGAGUAUUCUUUGUAAGCAGUUGGAAUACGAGAGAACCGUCGACAUUCUAAGAACAACCUGCCAGUUGAGAUUGGACAGGGGUGGCAUGAUUCAGACGAGCGAGCAGUACCAGUUUGUCCACCACGUGUUGAGUUUGUACGUAAAGCAACGUUCUCACCCCGUCGGAGAGUAAGGUUUUCCAAGGUUUUGGCGUCUUUGGCCAACUUGACCCAACUCAACGUGAGCGAGAUUUCAUUCC